ACACGUUUACUUAUUCACUUUGUAAGAGGAACUUAGAUGAGGCACAUAUCUAUCCCACCGGGUGGGUGGAUUGCCUGACCUUCUCUGUAUUUAUGACGUUAGUUAACUCAGCACUCCCAUUGAGUUAGACUUCGUUACGCCUCUCUCUCUCUCUCUGAUCCGUCAAUGUCCUCUCAAUCAGCAAGGCACUGAGCAUGGAAAGAACAUAGCUUGUUUACCAAGCGACGAACGUGCGCGAGUUACUUACAACAAAGUCGCAAAGUUGCAGACGACACGGAAUAACUUAGGUGGCGGGAAACUAUCGGAAACUACCGCUAAUUGUGGUAGAGAUAUCUCAAGUCUAUAUUGCAAGAGAGUAAAAUGGAAAUAAAGGUUUGGUGUUGUGUUCUUUUGGUUGGAUUAUUGGCGGUGGUGGUAAGCGCUCAAAGGGGUCCGGAAUGCCCUGUUUGUGAGCGUACAGCUUGUGAGAAGGUCUCCGAAGAAAGCUGCCCAGCCGGAGUACUCCUGGACGAGUGUGGCUGCUGUCAGAUUUGUGGGAGAAAACUUGAUCAAAAUUGUGGCGGGAAAUUCUGGAAUCUUGGUAGAUGUGGCCGGGAUUACUUUUGCUCAGGACCACACCCUGGUAAAGCGAUCAAUAUCGGAAAAGGAGAGGUGGGAUUCUGCUUGUGUCGGGAAAGUAAACGCGUCUGCGGAAAUAACGGGAUUGUAUAUGAGAAUUUCUGCUCCCUCAAUGAAAGUAGUCAUGAACAGAGGAAAUAUGGCGGAAAUAAAAUCGAGGUUUCCAGAGAUAGAAAGAUAUGCAGAAGUGCUCCUCGAAUCAACAUGGUGACCCCAUCUAAUAGUACUUCGACCACAAAGCAUCCUGGUGAACAGACCUACAUGCAAUGUGAGGGGGAGGGCUUUCCAGCACCGUUCAUCUCAUGGACGAAAGAUGGCGCUACACUACCUGGUGAUCAUACAAACAUUGCUGUACAGACGAUCGGUGGCCCGCAGGAAAACCAGGCAACUGGAUGGCUACUCAUUUCGCCUGUAACAGAAGCUGAUGCAGGGGAGUACACCUGUGAGGUAACGAACGGUGAGGGCGACAUACUACGAGCUACUAUGUUUCUAGAAGUCGCUGAUGCAUAGAGAGACAGUCUUGAUGGUGGAAAAUCACUGAGAGAACAAAGAAGCAGGAGAAUGACAUUUGACAGGAGCGGGUUGUUGUUCUCGUUAGAAGCAGAGCCAUGUGCAAAUUGUGUGUUCCGGUUGAACGCUUGAAACCUGUGCUAUAGCAAGCUUUAUAAAGGAUUACAUUUUCAUUUUUCUAAAGCUAGGAGGCACCUUUUUCGUCAAUGUGCUUACUUCCUCUUUGACUAUCUAAAGAUUCAGGAAUAAUAUGAAAUAUGACGAUCAGAUCCCAUGUUCAUCAAAAAAUUGCCCGAGAGAAUUUCAUACGACAUAAGAUGCCAUAUUAAAUUAAAUUAACUUUUGUAUGCCAAAUCAUUACAAAUAAUGAUUGGAACAACACAAUAAAUAUGAUCGAGAACCGAUCUGUUGAUUAUAUAACUGGGCCCCGUCUUACAAAGAAUUGAUAUCAAUCACAACUUAAUUGCGAUUGAUAUCAAUCGUAACUAUGUACAUAAGAGAUAGAAGACUGCAAACUUGCGAUUGAUUGGAGGACUUAUGAUUGAUUUGGAUCCAGAUGUACAGAAUGCCUUUUAAUGCUAUAUACUUAAAAUAUUACAUGAUUUUUUAGUCAUUCUAAUGAAAAUACAGAAAAUCACCUUUUCACAAGACAACCUCCUCCCUUUUUAGAUCGAUUAAAAAUUCUUUAUUGGUAUACUUUGUUUUCUCCUUUAUACAUUUGACAGCACAUGUAAAUACAUACAUGCACAUCUACAUGGAAAUACAUACACGCACAUCUACAUUGAAAUAAAGCUUGCAAAGGUGGCAUGGUAUACUGAUGUUUGCAUUAUUUCAGUAGAAAUUAUCCAUUAACCAGCGUCAUGCAGUUUUGUUGUUUAUUUAUUGGCCAUUAAAAUAUGUCAUAUAGAUUUGUUACGAAUUA